AUGGCCUCAGCGGCAUCUGCUAUUUACUUUCUUAACCUGCGUGGUGAUAUUCUGUUAGAACGAAGAUACAAGGAUGACGUUGACCGAGAGAUAGCGGAGAGUUUUCGAGAUCGAAUUUUAAACGCACGCGAUCGCGAUGCCACGGCAGUUCAUGGUCCUAUUCGGACUCUUGGCUCAGUCACGUUCAUGUACCUGCGCCACGCGGACGUCUACAUCCUGCUGCUGACCCGAGGCAACGGGAACGCGAUGUUGUCGUUCCAAUUCAUGACAUCGCUCGUUUCGCUCUUCCAAUCGUACUUCGAGGGCGACCUUACGGAGUCAUCGAUACGGGCAAAUUUUGUGCUCAUGUACGAGCUGUUGGACGAGGUUAUGGACUACGGGCUGCCCCAGUUGACGGAACCGGCCAUCCUUAAAACGCUCAUCCUGCAAAAGGGCUACAGGUCGGAUUUCAGCGGCCUACUCGGUGGCAACGUGUCGUCAGCGGAGGCGGCGGCGAAGAAGGCCAAGGAGGCGGCUGCUGCGGCCAAUGCCACUCUGUCAGUGACGGGUGCUGUGGGGUGGCGGCGUGAGGGCAUCAAGUACAAGCGCAACGAGAUCUUCCUGGACCUGGUGGAACAAGUCAAUGUGCUCAUGAGCACCAACGGGACAAUUUUGCGCAAUGAUGUGGUGGGUCGCAUCCAGAUGAAGUGUUUUUUGUCGGACAUGCCGGAGCUGCGACUGGGACUUAACGACCAAAUGCAGGACGUGACGUUCCACCAGUGCGUCAACCUGGGCGCCUACGAGUCGCAAAAAGUGGUUACGUUCGUGCCGCCGGAUGGCGAGUUUGAGCUCAUGCGGUACCGGGUAAAUGAGGGCAUCACACUGCCCUUCAAGGUGCUGCCCGUCAUUAACGAGGUCGGGCGAACCAAGCUGGAAGCCAACGUGACUGUCAAGUCCACCUUCUCCAACAAGCUCAUGGCCGGGCCUGUAGUGGUGCUGGUGCCGGUCCCCGACAACACCGCCUCCGCCAAGCUGCUGGUCACAGCCGGACGUGCCAAGUACGACGCCACGAAGAAAGCCCUGGUGUGGAAGAUAUCCAAGUUUAUGGGGGGCGCAGAGCACUCGCUGCGUGCAGAGGUGACGCUGGUGGCCUCUACGAGAGAAAAGAAGCCGUGGGGGCGGCCGCCCAUCCAGAUGCAGUUCCAGGUCCCCAUGCUGGGCUGCAGUGGGCUGCGGGUGCAGUACCUCCGCGUGGUUGAGCGGAAGCAGGGCAGCGCGUACAAGGUCGACAAGUGGGUACGGAAGCUUAGCAAGAGCGGCGACUUCCUCGUCCGAAUCUGA